AUGCUCACCACCAGCACCGCCCUCACCCUCGCCAAACACAACCACUGGGCCGACCAAGUCCUCUUCCACGCCAUCCAAACCACCCUCUUCGACACCCUCCUCGGCACCCUCAACCACAACCACCAAGUGGACCUGAUCUGGCGCGCCCAUCUCCUCUCCACACCCCAUGGCUUCACCCACCGGCGCGGCCUCCUCUGCCCGAACUUCCCUGAUCUCAUCCACCACCAGAUGGAACUCAACCAGUGGUAUAUCGAUUGGGCGGGACAGCAGGAUGAAAAGAGUCUGAGUGUGAAGGGCAAGUUCACGUAUGUGAAUGGGACCCAGGCGGAAAUGGCCCGCGGAGAGAUGUUUCUGCAUGUCGUGACGCAUAAGAUGUAUCAUCGGGGGUGGGUCGCGCAGAUGUUCUUUGGGUUUGGGGUUUGUCCCCCGGAGAUGGACUUUGGUGUGUUUUUAGGGGAGAGGGUGUGA